CUUUUACUCCUGUUGGCUGCUCCUCCUGGCCCAGGAGGCCAGUUUCUUCUACUGACCUAGAAAGAAAGCGCUUGACUCAUGUCCUCCUUUUGAGCUUCAGAGCACCAGCAGAAUAAGUUGAGAGAGCGUCACUUACUGUAUGGCCUGAGGAUGUUGCACUUAAGGGCCUGUCUCCCUUUCUGGUUUCAGGUUUCUGGAGCGGACCUAGAGCUUCACCAAGAGAAUUCAACUGGGAAACCAAGACUGAUAGACUCUCGUUUCUUCAGGCAAUAGGCAGAAGUCAGAGACCUCGGAUUUUUGCAACACCUGUUUUCCCUUUGGAGGACACUAAAUUCUUUGAGAAGACAAAGGCUGUUCAAUAUGGCAGCUGAACAGAAAGGACAGGAAGGAGCCAUUACUGUGGUUUGGUGACAGUUCUCCAAACAACAGUGUCUUAAGGAAAGCUGGAUAAAGAACUUCUGAACUUUGGGGUUCAUUAAGUGAAAAGUCAGCAUGGCUCAGGUAAAAAGCUCUAGCGUCCUCCUUCAAGACCGUUCACUGGGAAGCCUGUUUGCAAUGUCACUCUUGAAUUCUGCCUUAGCCAACAGUAUUGACCAUCCCCAGUGAGCCGAGCUCUGUAUUAAGCACCAGGGGGAGAUCUAGAGGAAGGAAAGGAGACAGGCCUCCCUGCCUUCAGGGAGCUUCCAGUCAAAUGAAGGAGGAAUUUUAUUGAGCUCCUGUUACAUGCAAGGCAUUGUGCUUGGAAUACAAAGAUGAAUAAGAUUGUCCUUGUCCCCAGUGACCUGAUACCUCAUCUCCUUUCAACUUAGGCAAGUCUUCUGGCUUGUGAAGGCCUAGCGGGUGUGAGUUUGGUUCCCACUGCAGCCAGCAAGAAGAUGAUGCUGAGCCAGAUUGCCAGCAAGCAGGCCGAAAAUGGCGAGCGGGCAGGUAGCCCUGAUGUGCUGAGGUGCUCGAGUCAGGGCCACCGAAAAGACAGUGAUAAAUCCCGGAACCGCAAAGACGAUGACAGCUUGACUGAGGCCUCUCAUUCAAAAAAGACUGUUAAAAAGGUGGUGGUAGUGGAACAAAAUGGCUCUUUUCAAGUAAAGAUUCCCAAAAAUUUUAUUUGUGAACACUGCUUUGGAGCUUUUAGGAGCAGUUACCACCUCAAGAGGCACAUCCUUAUUCACACUGGUGAGAAACCAUUUGAGUGUGAUGUAUGUGAUAUGCGUUUCAUCCAGAAGUACCAUCUUGAACGCCACAAGCGUGUACACAGUGGUGAAAAGCCUUACCAGUGUGAACGAUGUCAUCAGUGUUUUUCUCGGACAGACCGACUACUCAGACACAAACGGAUGUGCCAAGGAUGCCAGUCCAAGACAUCUGAUGGGCAGUUUUCUCUAUAGACACAGGGACCCCAGGUGGUGGGAGUGCUGAGAAGAGCCCACCGAAGAGCACAGCCUCUGCUCUGAUGGCCCCACCACCGCUCCCUCUGAACCUGUCCCCUUCCUAGAGGAGUGGCCCCAGGUGAGCAGAGGAGAGCAUCGGAGGACAGCGGCUCCAGAACCUCAGUUCUGUAAAUAGUCGGAGACUAUGCGGAUCUCGGGAAAGUUCCACAGCAUUCCUGGGCAGGGGAGCUGGUCCCUGGACCCUUAGCUGAGGUCAUAGGUGGGGACUCAAAGGUACAGGACCAAGACUGGAACGUUCCCACAACCUUGGACUGGAACUGGCAGCUGAGUGAAAAGGACUGAGGAGGGUUUGCUCUGCUUUUGUUUGGUUUAUCAAGAGCAAUUUCAGCAGGUAAACGGGGACACAGGUGAUCUGGAGACGCACAGUCCUAAAGGACUAUGACUGGUCCAGCCGCUUUUUGUUACCAUAGGCCUUUGGUGUUCCACAGCCCUACACAUUACUUCCUGUUUGAACGAAAAUAGGACCAGGGCUGGCAGCUGAGCUUACUUGGACUUCUUAUACACUGUGAGGGCAAAAGGAGAAACUGGGAGGGACAGAUGUGGGUUGGACAAGAAGAGUGGGCAUACCUCUUUAUCUCCUCACGAAGAGCAGUGUUGUGCCCAUGGGUGUUCUCGUGGUUUGUGAAACACCAGUGCCUGAUGGGGCCAGCCCAAGUGCCUUUGGAGGAGGCUUGGGUGGGGUAGCCCACACAGCCCUUUUUUCAGGGCACUUGGUCUGGGUUAUGGUUGUGGCUACCUCACUGUCCUUGACUCUAAAAGCCAGGCAGCCGUUGAGCAGGAGUUAUGGGUAUCACAGUGGGCUGUCCCCUUGUGCCGUCUUAGAACAAGGAUAGUGCAAGGUUUGCCAACAGCUGUUAGAGGUGCAGACGUGAUGGCCCUGAUGUGACUGUGUGACAGCCCCUUCCUGCCCAGGCCCUGCAACUGUAUUCAAGUAGUGGAGUGGAGGUCUGUCUUCAGUCCCAAAGAACAUGAUCUUGGCUUCCUCCUUGGUAGGCAUCCCUACCAACAAGGUGGAGGAGGAGGGCUGCUGCAGAGGAAGGACCCUAAUGUCUGUUUUAGUGUUGACCUUACUGUGUUCCAAACCCCCAUCUUGUCUGCCCCUGGAAAAGUGAUGAGGUGUGUGUGUCUCUGUCUGAUUUGUGGGUGCUUGUGUGUGUUUGCCUGGAAGGGAUGAAAAUUAUUGAGCCAAAUUUAUUCGGCCACCAACUUGGAGGACAGAAAGCAUAGAGCAGCUUCCCCGCCCAGACCUGAAGGGUACCUGCCUCCCAGAGAACAAGGGAGCCGAGGGGUUUUGUUUCAGGAAGAUUUUUGGGUUGGUUUUUUUGUUUUUUUGUUUGUUUUCAUUGUUUUUAGAUUGAUUCAACGGUGUACUGCUUAGAGUGUUUCUAAGCCAGGGCUUAUGAACAUGUAUUUUCUAAAGAGAAAUAACUCCCUUCCUGCUAAAGAAAGGAUCCUUAAGGGAGGUUUUGGAUUUCAUUGAGCACUACCCCACCCUGGGGGACCGACUUCAGGUAUAAUCAUGGAGACUGACCUGAGCACACUCACAGCUGUAGCUGUGGGUAGGAAUCUGAGAUGGCAGCCUCCAAGAAGUUCUUGCCUAGCAAAUGAGGGCCAGGCAGCAACAGACUGUUGGCUAUGGCCUCUUCCAAUGUGUUGAGGGACAGUACAUCAUACCUCUUGGGUUGAAGUACUUCAGGGAAAAGGAAGGGAAGAUGUUGCAACCUUCAUCUUGACUCUGACAGCAUCUGAGAGCCUUGGGUGAGGUAUCUGAGGAUGCUCACUGCCGUGUGUUCUAGCUUCAUGCUGUCCCUACAUUCGACAUGCUCUGGAACCUGCACUCAGUGCUUGAUGCACCGUGUGGCCCCUGGCAUCUCUGUGCACAUAAAGCAGACCUUUGGUGUUAGAGGGUUCUGCUGGGCUGGGCUUUUUCUGUCAUUCAACUCUGGGAAAGGAUACACUGAGAAAGAUAUCCUCCCAGAAAUGCUUCUGGAAGUGGAAUCCCUCCCUGCUACUUGAAGAUGAUCUUUUUGUGGGGAGAAAUAGAAGAGUGACCCAUGCUUCUUCAUGUAUGAAUGUAUGUACUGGGUUAGAGCAGGCCCUGCAGACCUCGGCUUCCUGCCUGAGUGGAGAGAACUUUGGGAUGUAUGUACAGAUGGCCCUACCAGAACCACACUGCCAAGGCCUGGGUGUGAGAAGCUCAGGCUGGCAGUGGUUGAGGACAGGCAGGCUCUGGGGCGAAGAGUAAUAGGACACCAAGGGCCCAGGAACCACAUCUCCACCCCAGGGAAACCGCAGAUGGCUGCACCUCUGCCGCGGUGGCCUGUUAGCACUGGACAGAUGCUCAGGUGUGUGUAGAUGGGAGAUCAAAAUGUGAAUGUGGGGUUGGGUGGGGAGAGAGAUACCAGUCCCUGGGUGGGCUCCUGUGCCAGCCCACAUCCUGCCCUUGCUGGUGCCUGCCCUUCCCAUCCAUCCCCAGCAGCGGCCUGUCAUCACUUAGCUACUGAUUGUGCUCCAUGGCUUGACCCGGAGGGUUAGAGGAGUGGAGUUGCACCACAGUAACCCUCGCCCCAGGUUCCUUCUGCCCCUGCCGUGGCCCUGGGCUUUUAUCUUCAAUUCCCCUCCUGCCAUGCACCAUUUUUUUUUUAAAUAUACUUAUUUUGCUAUGGGGGAGGGGACUAUCAAAUGAACAAGAUCACUUUUAAAUGGUAGUUUUUAUAAGAUGUUAUAAACUUGUAUCUUUUUACCAUUAAAGUGCAGUGUAUGUUCCUUCGUGAUAUAUUUAGGAUAUUUAAAUAAAAAGAAUGGCGCUUUUCUACAUUCCA